AAAGUAACAUUAUAGUAAUAGUUAGGGCCAGAUCGUCGGAGCGUGGCCGGCAUUUGCAGUUUACCCUGCAAGUGCGGUUGCCUUUAGCCGUUCAUCCUCCCAAUUUUCUCCCCCUUUCACACGAUUCCGACUUCCUUUACCCUUCUUCUGCUUCCUCGUAUAUUCCAAGGUUAUUGUCUCGUCUUGUACUCGCGCUGUUGGGACUGCGCUUCGCUUUGAGAUAUAAACUUUUUUAUUUGUUUAGUGAUGGAUGGGAACAAAGACGAGGCGCGGAAAUGCGUGAAGAUGGGGAAGGAGGCUUUGGAGGCAGGGGAUAGCGCUCGCGCGCUCAGAUUUCUUACCAAGGCGCGGCGACUGGAUCCCACCCUUUGUAUUGAUGACCUCCUCUCCUUCGCCGGCGGAGGUGGUGCCGACAUGGCUGAUGAUGCCGGAGAUACUUCACCGACGCCGUCUGAUGGUCCUAGGAAUGAGCCUGAUAAAGCUGGUCAAGCUCCAUCAGCCGCCUUCUCUUCUGCUACUCUUAGGGCUAGGGGCAGGUCUUCGGCAGCUUCCACGAAUGGGUCUACGUCCACUGCAGCUUACACAGAGGAGCAGAUUGCUAUUGUUAGGGAGAUAAAGAAGAAGAAGGAUUACUAUGAAAUAUUGGGGCUAGAGCGGAGCUGCACCGUGGAAGAUGUUCGCAAGGCAUAUCGGAAGCUUUCAUUGAAGGUUCACCCGGACAAGAAUAAGGCGCCUGGUGCUGAGGAAGCGUUUAAGGCAGUCUCUAAAUCCUUUCAGUGUCUUAGCAAUGAAGAGAGCAGGCAAAGGUAUGAUGUUUCUGGUUCCGACGAUCCUACUCCUGUUACGCGGCACCACCAGGCUUAUGGACGUGGAUUCAAUGCCAAUGGCUUCUAUGAUGCGGACAUUGAUGCAGAGGAGAUCUUUAGAAACUUUUUUGGUGGAAUGCAUCAGGCUGCUACUCCUUUUGGGACCUUUCAUUUCCGUACUGGUGGCAUGGGGGGCAACGUUGGUCAUGGGAUGCAGGGUUCUGGUAAUUUUAACAUACGUACUCUUGUACAGAUCCUGCCCAUACUUGUUCUUAUCUUGUUCAACUUCCUCCCAUCCUCUGAUCCAUUGUACACAUUCAACCGUUCCUAUCCUUAUGAACACAAGGUUUUGACAUCAAAGGGUGUCCCCUUUUAUGUGAAAUCUACAAAGUUUGAGCAAGAUUACCCUUAUCAAAGUUCUGAAAGGGUUGCAUUGGAGGCAAGCAUUCAGAGGGAAUAUGUUAGUUUGCUUUCGCAAAACUGUCGACUUGAGUUGCAGCGAAAGCAGUGGGGUUUCCAGCAUCAGACGCCUCAUUGUGACAUGCUUCAGAAGUUUCAGGAAGGAGAAACUGCUUGAUGCUUGCUUCAAAAGAGCUAUUCGGCAUGACUGAAUCAUUGACAACAAUUCAGUUUCUGCUAUCUUCUAAUAAAAAGAUUUCAGAUUUCAGAUUUCAGCACAGUAAACCAGCAGCAGUUAUCUGUAUCACCAUUGACUGCGGAAGCAUUGGAGUUCAGCAUUCAUCUUAUGUUGUCGGAAUAGUGCCCCAUUAUACAUGUAUGAAUGAUUACCCUCAGUUUUCUGCAAAAUUUACGUGGUAAAUCACUGUUUUAUUACUAAGCCAUUUUCACCCUUAUUGGUGGUUGAAUUUCUAAAAGGUUUCUACUGUUUUAUAAUUCCAUGUACUUUCGUA